GCGCAACAUUCGGGUCUUGAUAUCAAACAGGAAGAUACUGGUGUCAUAGCGCAAGAGGUUCAGCAAGUUCUACCGGAAGCGGUGCUACCGGCAGGUGAUAUAGUUCUGCCAAAUGGUCAGAGAAUUGAAAAUUUCUUAGUGGUAAAUAAGGAGAGAAUAUUUAUGGAGAACGUUGGGGCUGUCAAGGAAUUAUGCAAGGUGACGGACAGUCUAGAAACGAGAAUAGAUCAACUAGAGAGAAUAAAUAAACGACUAGCAAAAUUAAAAAGAGGUGAUAGUCUAAAGAGUUCCAUCAGCACAGUAUCUAGUAUAUCAGGCACGAAAUAUUCGUCAUCUAUCAAUAAUAAGUCAUCUUUGCACGGAAAGACGAAAAGGUUCGAAAGAGAGGAAGAGCUUCUCUGCAGCAAUAAAUUUAUUCAAAUUAUCAUUGUUAUACUUAUUCUCAUCAUGGCAUUUUGUCUAGUUGCAAUGGCAACAUUAUAUUUCUUAGAAUAUCAGAAACGCAGUAGCGUUGAAUGGUCCGCCAUGGCAAGCAAUGGAAUGUUGGCUAUUGGUCCGGCUCAUCCGCCAACAAUGUCUACCACUUCUAAUUAUGAGCAUCGAUAUAACUCCUUGUUACAUAGCACGUUAUCCCCUUUUUAUACUAAGCAAGGAUCUUACACGAGGGAAUUAGACGGAGGAUUAUCUGUCAAAAGUAAUUCCUUCACCACACCGCCUCCGCACACGAAACAUCAACUGUACUCUCAGGAAAUAACGUGGUAUCCGAUGAGCCAUCCGGGUCCCCAACCUAAACAUGAAAAAAAUAACGAAUUCCCGGGAAAUUGGCUUAGUAGAAAUGGUGCAGGUGCUGUUCCUAGCAAUGUAGAUGAGAAUGAUCAAGGCUCGGAUAUAGAUUCUUCAUCUGCUAACAAAGGUCCAGUUCCUUUAGGAAGGCCUGAAGAAUGCCCCGCACAUUUUACUGAACUCGAAAGUCCAUGUCAGAUAUAUUGUUGCACAGCUGAGAUUCAUCAUGUGGAAGAUCCUCAGCCUGAUCAUCCACCAGAAAAAAAGUCCAUCUCAGAUCAUUUGGAACAGCCAUUAAGUAUGCCGCAUGAAGAAAAACGAAAAUUAAGUAAGGGUUUCCAAAAUGGUAUUAGUCCAUCCGAUCCUAGCACUCAAACUCUUGUGAAAGAGACCAAUUACAAGUAUUUGCAUAAACGAACAAGGCGAGAAACUGGUGGUGGAGAUUGGGGAGAAGUGGCUAGCAACGCUGCAGGAUCACUGCCACCAGAGCCUAGACCACAAUUAUUCGUAGUAGCAAAAAACUUCAACACAUCUUUGGAUCAGAGAUAUUGUUCCCCAUCGUCACCAGAUACACCUAACAACAUUAGUUGCAUUGUACCUUUGUCAAAACAUAUGCCAGAUACGCAUUUAACAUUACAUUUUGUCGGUAUGCUGUGGUAUUGGCAACGCGUGCAGCAGUGUCCUUUUUCAUCAAAUCCUGGUAUGGAUGAGACAAUGGUAUGUGGUUGGAGCUAUACCAUGCAGCAACAACCUCAGUAUAUCGAAAGUAAUAAUCAACCGGGUGAUCAGUCUUUUCCUCUUGAUGUCGCUCAUUACCUUAGAAAAACUUUAAAGUUUCGAAUACCUGUAAUGCAACCUCAAGAGAAUAUUUGCAAAAGUAAGCAUGAUGUCGACUAUUUGGAAUUUACGUUGCACUUUUACCGAGACUGCGAAGAACAAUGAAUAUUAUCUUGUACAGCACACUUCAUAAGGAACUUGAUAGUUUCUACGUAUCUAACAAAAGUUAGAUUUCUUCAUUCUAUAUAAAGCCUUUGUGCCUUUGUAAUCUAUCCUCUGCGCUUUCGUAGUGCUCUUAUAUUUUAUAUAUCAUCGCAUUACGCAUCGCAGUACAUAUUAUUUACUAAUAUAAACAUAAACUAUACAUAAUUUCCAAUUAUAGUUAAUGUAACGUAUCAUUGUGCAGGAAAUUUCUUUAGGUAUACACACUUUAGUGAAGGUACACACACACACACACACACACACACACACACACACACACAAAAUUAUCUUAUUCACUUACAGAACUGGUAGCAAUAAUGACAAGCGAACAAUUAAGUAGUGGUUGAUGGGUGCAUUAUAUUUGUGUUAUCGCAACACAUCUUACAACAUUUUUUUUUGUUUUACUACUUUAAAUCCAAUCAAUAAUAUUUGUUAAUAUUGAUAAAGAUUAUGAAUCAGACGCAAAAUAUAUUAAAUAAAUGAUAUUAUUUAUAAAAUAUUAUGUGAAACGAAGAAACAUUUGCUAUAAUCUACUACAAAGUGUACAUAUACUAGUAUAAAUUAGUUUUUAUACCCAUCAACAUGCUACAUUUUUUAAUUUAUUACUAGUUUCCUAUGAAAUUUACUCAAGAUCUAAUUGUGAGUGCAUAUUUCUACACUUUAUCUUUUACAUAGUUCACAUUUUAAUUUUUGAUACUGAUUUACAGAUAACUCAUUGUAUAAAACGUAAUGUAUGAAACUACUAAUUUUUAAUGACAUUUCAGAUACUUGUGAAGUUAAAUAAGCUUGUUAUCAAAAUAUUAUGUCACACGAAAAACAUCGUAGUGUUUAAAUUGUAAAUAGUCAUAAAUCUGCUAUAUAAUUAAUUUUAUUUCA